AUGGUCAAGAUGAGUGGAUUAGGAGAAAACUCCUUGGAUAGCCUGACCAACGAGUCAAGGAAGCGCAAGCCAUUGCCCUGUGAUACACCAGGUGCAAGUCUGACCUGCAGUGGUGAGAAGCGUCGACGUGAGCAGGAAAGCAAAUACAUUGAAGAACUGGCUGAGCUGAUAUCUGCUAAUCUGAGUGACAUUGACAAUUUCAAUGUCAAACCAGACAAAUGUGCUAUUUUAAAAGAAACCGUGAGACAGAUUCGACAGAUAAAAGAGCAAGGAAAAGCAGUUUCUAAUGAUGAUGAUGUUCAGAAAGCUGAUGUGUCUUCUACUGGUCAAGGAGUUAUUGAUAAGGAUUCAUUGGGACCUCUUUUAUUACAGGCAUUGGACGGUUUCCUGUUUGUUGUAAAUCGAGAUGGGAACAUAGUAUUUGUGUCAGAAAAUGUCACACAGUAUCUGCAAUAUAAACAAGAAGAUUUGGUUAAUACAAGUGUCUAUGGUAUCUUGCAUGAAGAGGACCGGAAGGACUUUCUUAAAAACUUACCUAAGUCUUCAGUUAAUGGAGUUGCUUGGACCAAUGAAACACCUAGACAGAAGAGUCAUACGUUCAAUUGCCGGAUGAUGGUGAAAACCUCUCAUGAUCUUUUGGAUGAUGUAGGCAGCCACCAGGAUAUACGUCAAAGAUAUGAAACAAUGCAGUGCUUUGCUUUAUCUCAGCCAAGAGCUAUGAUGGAGGAGGGGGAAGAUUUGCAGUCCUGCAUGAUUUGUGUGGCACGUCGUAUUACAACUGCAGAAAGGGUGUUUCUAACAAAUCCGGAGAGCUUUAUUACAAGACAUGAUCUUUCAGGCAAACUUGUCAACAUCGAUACAAACUCAUUACGGUCUUCCAUGAGACCUGGCUUUGAAGAUAUAAUUCGUCGGUGUAUUCAGAGGUUCUUAUGCCAUAAUGAUGGACAGUCAUGGUCAAACAAACGCCACUAUCAUGAAGCUUAUACACAAGGUCAUGCUGAAACACCACUGUAUCGGUUUUCUUUAGCGGAUGGUACUAUAGUGACAGCGCAAACAAAGAGUAAACUAUUUCGAAAUCCUGUAACUAAUGACCGACAUGGAUUUGUGUCUACCCACUUUCUUCAAAGAGAACAAAAUGGAUAUCGGCCAAAUCCUAAUGCAGUUGGGCAAAACAUCAGAACACCUGUUGCUGGAAACACAAAUUCUGUUGGUGGCCUUAUGAACGUGUCACCUGGUCAAGGCAUGCCAAUGCAGAGCAGGAACUAUGGUAUGGGAGAUCCCAACGCAGUGAGUCAGCUGAGCAGCAUUCGAUACGGAGGCCCUGGUAAUAUGGGGCCAGUGAACUCUGGACCCGGAAUGCAAUCCUCUGCUUAUCAGAACAACAGUUACGGGUUAAAUAUAAGUAGCCCACCACAUGGUAGUCCUGGUUUAACUUCCAACCAACAGAAUCUAAUGAUAUCUCCUAGGAAUCGAGGGAGUCCAAAAAUGAGUUCACACCAGUUUUCUCCAGUUACAGGUAUGCACUCUCCAAUGGGAUCUGCCAGCAACACCAGCAACAACACUUUCUCUAGCAGUUCUCUUAGUGCUCUUCAAGCCAUUAGUGAGGGUGUUGGAACUUCUCUUUUAUCAACACUUUCUUCACCGGGUCCAAAAUUGGACAAUUCCCCAAACAUGAGCAUAGCUCAGCAAAGUAAAACGAGUACCCAGGACUCUAAAAGCCCUUCUGGCUUAUAUUGUGAACAAAGCCAAGUGGAAAGUUCCAUCUGCCAGUCAAACGGCAGGGAUCUCCUUAGUGAAAAAGAUAGUAAAGAGGGGAAUCUGGAGGCAUCUGAAAGUCAGAGGGGACCAUCUGAAAGCAAAGGGCAUAAAAAACUGCUUCAGCUACUCACGUGCUCCUCAGAUGAAAGAGGACAUUCUACAGCAUCAAACUCGCCUUUAGACUCAAACUGUAAAGAAUCUUCUACCAAUGUUACCAGUCCUUCUGGAGUUUCCUCGUCAACAUCUGGAGGGGUAUCUUCCUCCUCAAACAUGCAUGGGUCACUCCUGCAAGAGAAGCAUAGGAUUUUGCAUAAAUUGUUGCAGAAUGGUAAUUCUCCUGCAGAGGUAGCCAAGAUCACGGCUGAAGCUACUGGUAAAGACACGUAUCAUGAUGCUAGUAAUGCAGCCCCCUGUGGAGAAGGCACUGUCAAACAGGAACAACUGAGCCCAAAGAAGAAGGAAAACAAUGCUUUACUAAGAUACCUGUUAGAUAAAGAUGAUGUUAAGGACCCACUUUCCAAAGAGUUGAAGCCUAAGGUAGAAAGUCUGGAUAAUAGAACGGGACAAUGCAGUAGUUCGACAAUUCCUACUUCUAGUCAAGAAAAAGAGAUGAAAAUAAAAACGGAACCAACAGAGGAGAUGAGUGGAGACUUGGAUAAUUUGGAUGCAAUUCUAGGUGAUCUGACUAGUUCAGAGUUUUACAAUAAUGCUAUGUCUGCAAAUGGAAAUAACCUUGGAACAAAGCAAGCAUUAUUUCAAGGAAAUACCCUAUUGGCAAGCGCUCCCAACAGAAAUGUAGUGAUGAAUCAGCACCAGUCAGAAGACUGGGGUUUGCCAAACUCCAAGGCGAACAGACUGGAACCUACAAGUUCUGCUUCGCUGCUAAGGCCAGGACCUGAGUUCAGUGCGUCCCUUCCCAGAGCCACGGCGGGGGGUGGCUCUAUGGCUGGGCUGCCCGUUCGCUCUAAUAGCAUACCUGGUACAAGACCAAUGCUACAACAGCAGAUGAUUCACAUGAGGCCAAAUGAGAUAAACAUUGGCAUGGGGGUGAAUCCGUAUGGACAGCCAGGACCAUCUAGCCAGCCAGCAUCAUGGCCUGACAACAUGCUGUCCAUGGAGCAAGCAUCGCGGGGUUCCCAAAACAGACAAUUAGUUAGAAACUCUUUGGAUGACCUCUUAUGUCCGGCACCAAAUAUGGAAGGCCAGAAUGAUGAAAGGGCACUUUUGGAUCAGCUGCACACGCUGCUGAGUAAUACGGAUGUCACAGGUCUGGAAGAAAUUGACAGAGCAUUAGGAAUUCCUGAUCUUGUAAACCAAGGACAAGCUUUGGAACCCAAACAAGAUUCAUUUCAAGGUCAGGAACCUUCGGUUAUGAUUGACCAGAAGCCUUCAUUAUAUGGUCAGCCCUAUCAAGGGCAAGGGGCAGCAAUGCCAGGAGGUUUUAGUAACAUCCAGGGACAACAGCCAUCCUUUAGUUCAGUGAUGAAUCAGAUGAACCAACAGAGCAAUUUUCCACUUCAAAGUAUGCAUCCUAGAGCAAAUGUGAUGAGACCUCGAACCAGUACACCAAAGCAGCUCCGCAUGCAGCUCCAGCAGAGGCUUCAGGGGCAGCAGUUUAUGAAUCAGACCCGUCAAGCGCUUGAAAUGAAAAUGGAAAAUCCAGUCAGUGGUAAUACUUCAGUGAUGAGACCAGUUAUGCAGCCACAGGUGGGAUCCCAGCAGCAAGGUUUUCUUAAUGCUCAGAUGGUGGCUCAGCGUAACAGGGAGCUAAUCAGUCAUCAUUUUAGACAACAGAGGAUGGCAAUGAUGAUGCAGCAGCAACAGCAGCCUCAGGCCUUCAGUCCACCACCGAAUGUGACUGCCUCAGGAAGCAUGGAUAGUGCUUUGACAGGCCCUCCAAUGGCUCAAGUUCCUCCACAGCAAUUCCCCUAUCCACCUAAUUAUGGAAUAAGCCAACAACCUGAUCCUGCGUUUAACAGAGUAUCAAGCCCUCCCAACCCAAUGAUGUCAUCAAGAAUUGGACCCUCCCAAAACCCUAUGAUGCAGCAUCCUCAGACAGCAACAAUGUACCAGUCCCCCGAGAUGAAGGGCUGGCCAUCGGGAAGCAUGGCCAGGAGCAGUUCUUUCCCACAGCAGCAGUUCAGCCAUCAAGGUAAUCCAGCAGCGUACAGUAUGAUGCACAUGAAUGGCAGCAGCAGCCAUAUUGGACAGAUGAAUAUUAACACCAUGCCUCUGUCAGGGAUGCCUAUGGGUCCAGACCAGGUAAGUUGUACAUAG